UAAGCAUAAAUACUGAUCCCUAUACAUUAGGUAAACGCAAAAAUGAUUGUUCUAAUUUUAGUUAUGCAAUGCAUUGCUAAAUCUCAAACAUUUGUACUAGACAUUAAUAGCCCUGAAAUUUCUGAUUCAAUAGAAAUGUAUGAAGGCACAUUCAGUGAAGGAGGUAUAUAUAGAAUGUAUUACGCAACUACAGAGCACUUCUAUUUUAUAAAAUGUAACGAUUUCGAAUUUAAUUUACCAAGGUUUCAAAAAAUGCCCAAAGAAAUUUAUAUACAAGACUUUUUACGUGGUAAAUAUCGACAUGUUGUAAUUAGUGCGAAAAGCACUACAGGUAGAAAGAAAAUAACGAAUCAUUAUUUUCAGGGAGAUGAUAUAUUGUUUACCAAAGGAAACCGAAAACGAAUGUUGAAAUUUAUUGGAGAAAUCACUAAACUGAGUGUCCACGCUCAAUCGAACAAAAUACAUCCUUUUAUUAAAAAACUCUACAUCGCCGGCAAAGCUAAUAUGAUUAUAUGGCGUGUAAUACCCAUUAAUCACGAUCCACAAGCGAAUCUUGUAAAGCGCCUGCGCCAUACCGGUGGAAAUGUAACCAUAUCCCCUUUUCUUGGUAUAGAAUAUACUGCAAAUAAUGAUCCAAGCCAUGAAUCUUAUAUUAGUUCACAUGCUAAAGAGAUUCAACAAAUGGUUGAUACCAAUAAAAUAAUUUUGAUAUUAAAUUGGAAUGUUAAAUAUUAUAUACCACAAGCUAUAUGCAUACCGCAAGUACAAAAUAACAUAUUCAAACCGAAAAACAUUCUUUACUGCUCAGAUAGUCCCCCUCUAAAAGUAUUUAACAAAACUCUUGGGGAAUCCAAAGCCAUUCAAAUAGAUGUCUCAUGCAACCAUGCUGCAAUGCCAGAGAUCAUAUUUUUGGCUAAUCUUCAACGUGGAUGUUGGUAUUAUAGUCAAUAUACAAUAGCCGAUCUAGGAAACUCCCAAUUUAAAAAGGUUAACGUUGCCGAUUCCAAGCGAGAUUACAUAAUCUAUAGUAGUGACAAUAAUGAAAUUGUAACGCAUGUGGAAAUUUUUGAACACAUUAUAUAUGGUUGGAAAUAUGUUGUAGUUAAUAAGGUAUUUGUAGACUUAUCAAACGAAAUGGUAGAAUUUAAAGACGAAAAUCACAAAGUAUACAAAUGUAUACAUGAUGGUGACAAUGUGAGGUAUUAUGAUUUAGAUGCUUUCUGGGUAGAUCCAUACAUAAGUAUGUUACAUAAUAUCAAUACUGCAAAAGAAUGUUACCAAGAUGUUCACGACUAUCUGUUAUCGUGAACGUUCUUUCUCUUUGUAAUAUAUAGAU